GUGUGUGUGUGUGUGUGUGUGAUGAGUAUCUUUGAACUCACCAUAUUAAUUUGUGUUUCUCAUAUUGUUGAAAGGAUAUGAAGUUUACUAUGGUAUUAGAAGUGAUCUGUUUGAAGACCAGUCCAGCUUUUAGGAAAUAAGUGUAAGAGUUUUCAGAAAGCUAUAAAGUGUGUGAUAAUAUUUGUGGCCAUUUGUAAUAUAGCUACAGAAUCAUAAAUGUUAGAUCUGAAAGAAAGCAUUCAGCUCAAUCCCCUAAUUUUCUAGAUGAGGACUGUGAGCCCAGAGAAGACAUGACUUCUUCAAAGUUAUACAGGGGACAGCACAUUUGAAGAUGGAGGACCAAAAGAAAUACCCAAGUCGGAAAGCUGCACACCAUUCAGGCAGAAUCUGGUUGGAGAGGAAAACUGGUCUCAUGAUUAGCGAGCUUCCCCAGCUAGCCUGUAGGUGGGUGUGUUUAACAGAAGGAAGCAAUGGGAACCCGCCUGUCAGCCAGCCUUUAGAGCUAAUUAGCUCAGCAUACAACAAAGAUAAGUGAGCCUGGGAGGAGGGCCCCCUGAGGGGUCUUUAGAUUCUGGGAAAUGUCUGAUUGGCAGAUGUUAAAAGGGAUUCUUUGGUAAUCCUGUGCAUCAAUGAGCUGCACAAAUUCAGUCCAGGACUGCAAGAAUUCAGGCAUGAGGACACUGUGCAGCAGGCUCACACAGGCAGACCCAAGAUGGACAGAACCUUGGAAUCCCUGAGACACAUCAUUGCCCAAGUCUUGCCUCACAGAGACCCGGCUCUAGUCUUCAAAGACUUGAAUGUUGUGUCAAUGUUACAGGAAUUUUGGGAAAGCAAGCAGCAGCAGAGGGCUGCAUUCCCAAGUGAAGGCGUGGUGGUCUAUGAGUCACUGCCAUCUCCAGGACCGCCCUUUGUGAGUUAUGUGACCCUCCCAGGGGGAAGCUGUUUUGGCAACUUUCAGUGCUGCCUAAGUAGAGCUGAGGCCAGACGGGAUGCAGCUAAAGUGGCCCUAAUCAACUCCCUCUUCAAUGAGCUGCCCUCUCGAAGGAUCACUAAGGAAUUCAUUAUGGAGAGUGUGCAGGAAGCAGUUGCCUCCACCAGUGGCACUUUGGAUGAUGCAGACGACCCCAGCACCAGCAUUGGAGCCUACCACUACAUGUUAGAGUCAAACAUGGGGAAGACCAUGCUGGAAUUUCAGGAGCUGAUGACCAUUUUCCAACUACUGCACUGGAAUGGAAGCCUAAAAGCCCUUCGUGAAACAAAGUGUUCCCGACAGGAAGUCAUCUCCUACUAUUCCCAGUAUUCCCUAGAUGAAAAGAUGCGCAGCCACAUGGCCCUGGACUGGAUCAUGAAAGAGAAGGAAUCUCCAGGAAUUCUCUCUCAAGAGCUACGGAUGGCCCUGAGGGAGUUGGAGGAAGCCAGGAAAGCAGGACAAGAACUGCGUUUUUACAAAGAAAAGAAAGAAAUCCUGAGUUUAGCCCUGACUCAGAUCUACAGCGAUCCUGACACCUCCUCACCCAGUGAUGAUCAGCUGAGCCUAACGGCUCUUUGUGGCUACCACUAGCAAGGCUAGGUUCCAGCUGGCCUGAGGUUGGCAGAGGCUGGACUCUAACAUUAGGAAGCUCAGUGAAGGAAGUUGUUGGAGGCUUUACCACCUACAGCUACCACCUGAAGGCUGUACUAAUUCUUCCCACCCAUUCCAUUCAUAGACUCUCAGAGUAAUAGGAUCCUUACAGGUCCCAACAAUUUUCCCAUCACACUUUCAAGAGUUCCUCCUCUUACUGAAAGGAUGGAGACAGAAUUGUUUGAAAAACAUUUCCCAGGUUUGGCUCUAGCCUAAAGCCCUGUUGACAUGUGCCUUCCUAGAUUAUGUAUGUUGUUUUAAACAAUGGGCCAGUGUAGCAUCCCCCAAAAGAACACCAGCUGGGACUGGGGAAAGUAGCAUGAGAGCAAUUUUUAAAAAUAGUUGGGAUUAAAUAAACAACAUAGAAAAUACACAUGGGUCAGAAUUUCUUCCUAAGCUUUAUAAACUAAGAGACACUUCUACUCUACUAGGUAAAAUCCAAAAUUCCAGUGGCAAUUUUAUCUGGACAUCCCACUAUCAAAGAUCUAAAGUGGUAAUAGUGAAAAUACGUGAUAAAUUUAACUUGGCUUAAAAUGCCAGUUAUGAUAAUUUUUAAAAAAUCCACACUCUUCGGUAUGGGGAUAAAUUUCACCUAGAAUAGUACUCCUAUUCCUCAAGAAGAAUUAGUAUCUAAUUUUAAUGAGUCCUGCAAACAGUGAUGUUCAUUUUUAACUUGCAAAUAGAUAACUCAGGUUGAUUUGUUUUUAUUUUUGCCACCACAGUCAUCUAUGUAUCAUGGAGACAGUCACUGGAUUUUGAAAAAUCAUUAGCUUUUAACAGUGCUUGCAUUUGAUUGUUUCUCGUGCAUUAGAGAGAAGGAGUCUUUAACUGUCUUUAUUUUUGUUCAAGAACAUAAGCCAGGAGUAGUUCAAAUGUAGUGUCAUUUCCAAGUUUUAAUUAGACAUUGUCAUCUCUCUUUGAAAAUGGCUUGGGUCAAUUAACUGAUUAGAAAACCAAAAGCAAAUACAGACCAAUUUGUAGAUGGUUUCUGGUCACUCAAAUUUAAGAAUGGCAGCAGUGUGAAUUUUAGACAUUUGUAGGAAUUUCCAACUUUAUAACAUAAAAAGGAUUAUCUUGCAUUUAGUCCAAUAAUUCAAAAUAAAGGAUACAGUUUUUUCAAUGUUAAGUAAGAUUUCUUUUUCUUCAUGUUUAAGUGAAUGCAAACUAACGUUCCUGAAGGCUAAAACCAUUAUAUUUACAUUAAAGUUUACAAAAGUAUGAUAGCUUAACUUCAUAUAUAAAUAUGUGCAGAUGUAAUUAUCACUCCUUAAGUCCCCAUGAAAACUAUAUAUAUGGAUCAUGUAUUUUGGAAUUAGCCUUUAAAAUAAAAAAAUUAAUUUCAGAUAUCAUAUUUCUCACACCAGGGGAAAAUUUAGCUUCUUACCUACUGCCUUACUCUGUCAUGAAAGGUAAUACUAUAAAUAUUAGAUAAAUUUAAUUUAAAAAUAUUAUGUUAACAAAUGUCACAUUUCUCCCCAAAAUGAGGCUGUGUCACCUAGAAUAAAACUAAAACUAUAUUCCCUUAUAAUCCUAAAAAGAAAUUCGAAUUAAUGUUUGCAAGUUGAAUAAAUUUUAACAUUAAGGAAACUUUCUGUUAAAAGCAAUUUUUUCAUAAAGUCAUUACUCUUUAUCAUUUCAUAAAACCGUAAUUUCCCAUGUUGGGUGUGAUUAUAGGUAGGUCCAUCUUUGCUGCAUUUGCAGCUUUUGACUAUGACCACCUAAAGCUGACACCAUCUAAUUAGAUCCAGGAAGGGGAAUCAGCAAGGAAAAUGUUAAAAUUUAUUCUUUGCUCUAUAAUUAGAAAACUGUACCUAUUACGUGAAUUAAAGCAUUGCCCUUGGCCAAUGGCAGUUUUCCCACCUGGUCAGAACUGCCCACUCUUCCUGGAAUGGUAUGGAACCUAUAGCAAAAGAAACAAAAUUCAGAAUCUCUGCCAUUGCUGGAGCCUUUUAAUGCUCAGUUAUAGCAAAUCAAUUUUAGCUAAGACAUAAGGGCUGCCAGUACAUCACUUAAACAUUUAUAAUUCCAGACCUAAGAAGAGCCAUGUUGAAAAGCAAAGUAGAUUCUUCUUCCUCUUUUGUAUCUUGUUCUCAGUGAUACACUGUGUUGAAGGGGAUUAAAGUGGAAGAUUCUCUAUUUUAAAUAUAUGGAGUUCUGGGUCCUAAACUUUUGUGGUUAUAAUGCCUUUGAGAAUCUGAUGAAAGCUAUGGACCUUCUCCUAGGAAAAUAGAGUGAAGCAUAUACCUUCAAAUUUAUGCAGUUUCAGAGAGUUUGUGAACCUCCCCAACGUCCAUGGAUUGCUCUGUCCAAGGACCUCCAAUUUAGAAUCUUGAGUACAGACUUAUAGUCUCAAACUUUUCAGCAUGGAUCCAAACUAGCUCAGACCAGCCCUGUGUAGCCUAUUUCUAAGAUAAAUGUUAUCAUUCUUAAAUACAGAAUUGUACUGCAUUUUGACAAGAAUGGUUUAAUCUUCACAAAGUCCAAAUAUACCAAAUUGCUAUGAAAAAACAGCUUAAAACAAACUAGUCACUAAGUGUGUGAACCUAUUAGAAUAUUGUCAAUCUAAUAAAGACAUUAUUCCUCUAAUGAUCAGAA